UGGCUCUCCCGCGGCGGAGGAAGUGGCUCUGCCCCGACGCAGCCCCUCCUGGACGGCCCCCCUCAGGUGGGCGCGCGCCUCGGCGGGUCGCGCUGUCGUAGGUGGACUCCGGCCCCUCCGGACGCCCGCCUGGGAGGCGCUCCCACCCGGUGGGAGCGGGAAGCGGCCGUCGACUCGGGCUGGGCGGGAUGGAGUGAGGAGCGCGGCCCUGGCCUCGCUGACCCGGCUCGACGCUCUGCGCAAAGCGCCGCACGGCCGCUCCCGGAAAGGGCGCGCGACCCGGGACGGCGCCAUGGACCGCUGCGGCCCCGCGGGCAGCCCCCUGAUCUCCGGCCACGAGCCCGCGCCCCCUGCCGCCUCCUCCACCCGAGACUCCAGCCCCGGGCUGCCCGGGCCGGGGCCGGCGGGCGCGGGCGGCGGCGGCGGGCGCUCGGGGGGCGGCGGGCGGCCGGCGGCGGCGAACGCGGCGCGGGAGCGCAGCCGGGUGCAGACCCUGCGGCACGCCUUCCUGGAGCUGCAGCGCACGCUGCCGUCCGUGCCGCCCGACACCAAGCUGUCCAAGCUGGACGUGCUGCUGCUGGCCACCACCUACAUCGCUCACCUCACCCGCAGCCUGCAGGGCGACGCCGAGGCGCCGGCGGACCCCGGGCUGGGCGCCCUGCGUGGCGACGGCUACCUGCACCCCGUCAAGAAAUGGCCCAUGCGAUCAAGAUUAUACAUUGGUGCUACUGGUCAGUUUCUGAAGCAUUCUGUCUCUGGAGAAAAAGCAAAUCAUGGCAAUAUUCCAACAGACUCACAGCCUUAGGCUGUCCCCUGAUGGGUGUUGAAAGAAAGUGGUGUCCAUUGUUUUUAAAUACUAUGAAAUAAUUCUAUAUUUAUUACGUCAGACACAACAAACAUCAUUUCUGAAAGUUUACAUAUGAAUCCGCAGUUGAGUUUUCAGAUUUAUCUAUCUAAUCUAAAUAAAUGUGAAAUGAAAUAGUCUUGAAUAAAACACAGCUUAUCUAUCCUGAGAGGUAGUCACUACUAUAUAAUGCAGGAGAAAAGAAACGGUUGGAAAAAAGAAACACACAAAUGCAAAAAACUGUGUAUAUAUAUCCAUAGAAUGCAUACACUCUGUAGUGUAUUUAUUAUAAACUGAAAAGCUGGUAUCUAUUAAUAGUGUUUCUAGUUUAAAAAAAAUAAAAGCUGUACUUGUAAUAUACCAGUAUUUCAUUUUUAUAAAAACCAGUCCAUGCUUAAAGUUGGUCUAAGAAGUCAUUUCAGUUGGAAGGUGUGAAAAUAAACUGAAAUGUAUUUAGUUUCAGCUGAUUAUGUGUGAAAAGACUGCUGAGGUAAUAUAAUGAUGCAGUAAUUUCUAUAUCUAGUUAUUGUUCCCUCUUAGAAAACUUGUUUGGAAUAUUAGAAAGUGUUUGCUUCAAACAAAAAGGAAAGGUAAUUGUUUGCUUCAUAGGACAGGGCUUGCCCCUCCAUCCUAGAGGAUUACUAAGUAUCUAAUUAUAUUUCCAAACUAUAGGUGGUCUUGGAAAUCCCUGCAGCCAGAUGGGUGUCACUGGGCAGCGGGGCUCCUCCCCCUCUUCCCGGUCACUCCAUAGCCACCCUGCUCUCUCUCAGGUCCUGGACUAGCUGAGUAGGUCUGGCUGCAGCCACCCUACAGAGUGAGCCUAAGGACCCUCAGUCACAGCUUUGGCCGGGCUCCUUCUCCCCUCGUCAGCUUGGGGUCACAGUCUGCCUAUUUGGCCAUUAUGAAAUGGGAGACGUCCUGUCUGGUUUGGGAGUUCUGGCAUUGAUGUGUGCCUCGAGGGGGUCUAAGGACCACCCUGAGAUACGUCAGGCCAGAGCAGGCCCUCCUGAGCCUGCCCCAAUGAGAACACAGCCUGGGAGACCCUCUGCGCCGGGCCUCUCCUACCACAUUGCACACGAGGUGCCAUGAGGUGGAGGUAAUGGUCAGGGAACAUACUGAAUCUUUAAACACCUGGGAAAAAAAUCUCCACUCUCUUUUGUCAUGGUUUUUGCUGACUUAGAUUUCCUUUUCUUUCCCUUGUUUUUUAUUCAGUCUUCUAUUAUUCCACGUUCCAAAUGUAAAGUUCAUUUAUUUGUCAGUGACCCUGUUUUCAAGUUGCUGAAUUUGAUCCAAGAUUAGCAAACAGAAAGGCAUAUUAAGGGGCUUGGCUGAAAUAAUACUGCAGUUUAUUUUCUCCUCAGUUUUCUUUAAACUUUUGGAAAUGAAAUGAAGUAAAAGACUACUUAAGGCAAAAAUUACCAUUUUAGUUCACUCAGCCAAAUAUCAGCAUGUUUUGGCUCAUAUUUGAUAGUAUGUAACUUUCAUUAUUUUACUGUGAAUAUCACCUUGUAAUGUGACGGAAGUAUGUCUUUAAAAGAAAAUGUAUUAAUCAAAACUCUGUACAUAUUAAUAUUUAGCAAAAUGUUUGUAUAUUUAAACAUUUGUGAAUAUAUUUACUCAUGUAACAUUGAAAUAGAUAAAAAGUAAAAUGAGUUAUGGAUUCAGCCAUUCACUAUUAAAAAAAGUGCUAAGAAUAAUCUUUUAAGGAAUAAAAUCAAAACUUCUUUAAAGUUACCUGAAAAUGAACUAUAAACACUACAUUUGUUAGGAGGAAUUUCAGAAAAAUGGCUCUCUUGCUAAUCUAUUUGGCUACAGUGUUUAAAGCAUUUAAUUGAGGGAAAUUAUGACUUUUGUUGAUUAUCAGACUUUUCUAAAUCAUUAUUAAAUAGUUACUUUGCCUUUUAUAGUAUUACUUUUUAUUUCUUUUUGUCAGGUUAUAAAUGUUUUAAUGCCAAAGAAAUAUAUUUCUGUCAUGGGUUUUUAUAACUUCUUGUAAAUUGCUAAAUAUGCUAACGGGUUUUGGUAAGUUGGAAAAUAUCAGAGAAAUUGCAUGUUUUCACCCAAAAGUUCACCGGAGUAUGCUGUUUUCAUUAAUGGUGCAUGGUCAGGAUAAAGGAUAUUACUAAAAUAAAACACUAAUUGAAAAUUAA